AUGCGACUCGAAAUCCGAAGUACAUAUCAGACAACGAAAUUUGGAAACUGUCUCUUGACAUUUUCUAAUUGAAAGGACUCUUCGGUUGAAAGUUUCAUCAACUCGGUUUCAUUUUUAAAGUUUUCUUCAGUUUCACCGGAGGUGAAAUCCAACUCGACUUCGCUUAUUUGUGAUUUUGCGGAAUAUAUUGAUGAUAUUGAUGAAAUGUCUGUUAAAUCAUAUGGUUCUCCCUUUGUGCCACUAACUGAUUCAAAUGAAAUAAAUAUCGGCAUUGAAAUUGAGAGAAAACCAAGUUUAAAAAAGCAGGAAAAGGAACAAAAACCACCAACAAAACAUGAAGAGAGUGAUGGCAACGAAACUGACUCACACAAUCAUGCGUGCGAUGAAUGUGGUAAAAUAUAUUCGCGUAAGACGAAUCUUGAAAAGCAUAUUCAACUACACAGAGAACUCGCAGUUGGUAUCCGUAAACCACCGGAGAAAUUUGGUGUAUGUCCACAUUGUGGCGAUACGUUCCCCCAAAAAAGCUUACCUGUGCACAUACGGCGGCAUACUGGCGAAAAGCCCUUCGGUUGUGACGAGUGCGAAAUGCGUUAUGUUCGUCGCCAAGACCUAAUUGUCCACAAACGUUGCCAUACUGGAGAGAAACCUCAUGUAUGCUUAACAUGCGGUAAGGCAUUUUCACGAGCAAACCAACUUGUACGGCACAUUCGGGUUCAUACUGGUGAACGACCAUACAAGUGCACGCAAUGUGACAGAGGAUUUGCCCAGAGAAAUGAUUUGAAUCUUCACAUUCGUCGGCAUACUGGUGAGAAGCCCUAUCAAUGCGGUGUAUGUGGAGAAAGUUUCAUAAAUGGAACUACCUUAAAGAAUCACCGUAAAAUAACAGAUCAUUACGAAGAAGAUCGGAGGGAUCGUUUUGAGAAAAUUCGAGUCACCAAUCCAAGACGAGUAUAUCGAGCUACUCCGUUGCCGAAGCAACCACAAGGACCAGUUUUAAUUUUAGAACAAGUUGAGCCAGAACUAUAAACUACUUAAUUUAAGUCAUUAAAUGUUUAAACAAAAAAAAAGUGUAUCCUUUGAAAUGUGAUGGUUUUGUCUAUAAUUUUAACUGCGAGCAACGUCUAAGGAUUAUUAUUUCUUUAUGGUUCUGUUUGAUUUAUGUGUGAGACCAUUAUUGUUGUAGAGUAGUAUUGUACACACUUCACUUUUCAAGAAGAAACAAAUUAAUCCAUUUUAUACCAUUACAAAAAUAUGCAUUAAUAUAACUUCUUAUAUUCAAAGGAUGCGUUUUGAAAUAUAAGACCUUAAUAAAUUAUCAAA